AGGGGGCAUAUGGUGUUUCAAUUUUGAAAACCUGUGUGUGUAUAGUCAACCUUGGCAGCACAUGCCAGCUCAUAAUACCACCAGGUCAGUCUCCCUCGCACUCCUUUGCUUUAUCAGUUCCCCAAUUCCAUUUCCAUUAUAAAUCUCAUCUUCAAAUGCAAUUCCAGCGAAAAACUAACUAACUAAAUGUUAAUUUCAAUGGAAACAUCGAAUCGAGUGUCUAUGUCUUCAACCACCUUCAGUCUCUCUCAGAUGCAGCAACUUCCCGCCAUAUCCAGGUUGAGAUCUUCUUUCCUCAAGAAGCUUCCCGAGCCUCUCCGUCGCGCCGUCGCCGAUUGCCUCUCCUCUCCCCUCACCUCCGUCCUCGAACCUUCCAGAACCCUUCGGGACUAUCUGGCAGACCCUGCAACCACGGACUUGGCUUACAGUGCAAUUUUGGGACAUACUAUUGCAGAGAGGGAGCGGAGUCCUGCAGUAGUCUCAAGGUGUGUGACACUUUUCAAACGCUAUCUUCUAAGAUACAAACCAAGUGAGGAGACUUUAAUUCAGAUAGAUCUUUUUUGUUCAACCAUUAUUGCUCAAUGUGAUAUUAAUCUGAAUCGACCAUGGUCAAGAUCUUUGAAUCAACAAACUGGUGCUUUAGCAACAUCCACAAAUACAUCUCCUUUGCCUGUAUCUAGUUUUACUUCUGGGGCAAUUCUCAAAUCACUGAGUUAUGUGCGUUCCCUUGUGGCUCAACACAUUCCGAAGCGGCAUUUUCUACCAGCUUCAUUAGCCGGACCACCUUCUGCGUCGGGACAAUCACUGCCAACAUUGUCAUCGUUGUUGAGUAAAUCCUUCAAUUCCCAACUAUGUCCAGCAAGUGUCACCGAAUCAGUGGAGAAGGAUUCAGUCACUUCAUCUAUUUCUAAGUUAUCAAAAAUUGAAAAAAUUGAUGAAAAAGACGAACUUGGGUUCAUUGCCCAUGAUAUUUUACAAUGGCGUUGGCUUGAUAAACAGCAGUCAUCAUCAAUGAAAGCUGACAGUGAUCAUGCUGUAAAUUCACAAGGCAUGAGAGCAUAUAAUUUCUUAGAAGUUGGUGCUGCAGCUCUACUUGAAGGAGACAUUGGAGCUAAGAUGAAGGGGCAACCAUGGAAAUAUUUUGGGACGGAUGAUAUGCCUUAUCUGGAUCAACUAUUGCAGGCUUCUCCAGUAACAUCAUUUACUAAUUCUGCAUCUGCUUGUCCCCACCUGAGAGCAAUAACAGCAUCUAAACGCACAAAAGCAGGCCCUCGUCAAGUUUGGGAGGAUUCUCCCGUGAGUACAUUCCGUCCUCGAGCUCGACAACUCUUUCAGUACCGAUAUUACAGUGAGCAACAACCUUUGCGAUUGAAUCCUGCUGAGGUAUGUGAAGUCCUUGCUGCUGUUUGCUCAGAGCCUUCCCAAAAUACCAAUGUUAUGAUGUCAACUAGGCUAAGAAAUAACAGUGGAAAAGCAUCAAUGGAUGUGGCUGUUAGCGUCCUUAUUAAACUUGUUAUUGACACGUAUAUUUUGGAUUAUCGGAUUGCUACUCCACUCACGCUUUCUUUGCUUGAGGAGAUGCUUAGUUCUUCUAAAACAGCUUACAGGGUUCAAACAUUUGAUUUAAUUCUAAAUUUUGGGGUUCAUGCUCAUCUCCUAGAGCCAAUCAUAGUGGAUGAUGCUUCCACAAUUGAAGAAGAAUAUUCUCAAGAAUCUUAUUGUGAUAGUGACACUCAACUUAUGGCCCAAGGGAGCAGAAAAGGAAAUUAUCCGGACAAAUUGGACACUUCCUCUGCAAUUGAUGAUUUUGAGUCUUGGAUUUUAAAUAUUUUGUAUGAGAUCCUACUUCUUCUUGUGCAGACUGAAGAAAAGGAGGAAUCUGUCUGGGCAUCUGCACUCAGUUGUUUACUUUAUUUUCUCUGUGAUAACGGAAAGAUCCACAGAAAUCGAUUGCAAGUUCUUGACAUAAGGGUUAUCAAAGCACUUAUAGAAACCAGCAGAAAGAAUUCCUGGGCAGAAUUAGUUCAUUGUAAGCUCAUUUCCAUGUUAGCUAACAUGUUGUAUGAGGUUCCUGAUGAAGUUGUUGAGCUCCUACCUAGCACACCAAAGUUUCUCGUGAAUCAACUUGAUCUGAUUGGAGGAGUUCAAUUUCUUUUACGUGAGUAUGCCCUUGUAAACUCGAGAGAGGAGAGGAAAAAUCUGUAUUCGGUGCUUUUUGACUAUGUUCUGCAUCAAGUUAAUGAAAAUUGCAUAGCUACUGGAAUCAAUGAAUAUAGUGAUGAUGAGAUCCAACCACUUGCAAGUCUACUUGCUCAAACAAAUGCAGCUGAGGCAUUUCAUAUUUCUGUUAAACUUGGGGUAGAAGGAAUUGGGGAGCUUUUGAGGAGAUCAAUUGCAUCUGCACUUUCGAGAUAUCCCAACAGUGAACGUCUAAAUAUGCUCUUGGAUUUUGUGACAGAGAAAUUUGAUUCAUUAAUAAGUUCAUUCACUCAUUUGGAUGAAGAGUUCUCUCAUAUGAUUCAGAUAACCAAAACUCACAAGUCUCUUGAAAAUGUGGAAAUUAUUGCUCUAAGAAAUGACAUUGAUCUGCAGGCAAAGCACUCGUGGGCCACUUUACAUUCCCUUCUUCAUUCUGAAAGAAUUGCUUACCGUCAGAAUGGGUAUAUCUGGUUAGGUGAUCUGCUUAUUUCUGAAAUCAGUGGGGAAAGCAAUGGUACCAUAUGGUCAAAUAUAGAAUACUUCCAGCAGAAAUUUGCUCAAGUAGGAAAACAGGAUUCUUCAGAUAUGUCAGAUAUUCCUUUGCCCAUUUCACUUAUGUGUGGGCUUUUAAAAUCAAAUCAUAACUAUAUUAGAUGGGGAUUUUUAUUUGUUCUUGAAAGGCUGCUUAUGAGAUGCAAAUUUUUGUUAGAUGAAUAUGAAAUGCAACAAUCAAGGAGGAGUGAUCUUGCGAGUGGGCUGAAAGAUUGGCAUCUUGAGAAAGCCCAUGCAUUGAUUGACAUAAUGAGCAGUGCUUUGUUGUUUCAGAUAAAUGAAAAAGAUUGCACCAAUAAGUAUGAAACAGAUCGCACCAAUAUUCUGAAAAUGUGUGACAUAUUAUUAUCCCAAUUAUGCCUAAGAGUUCCCCCUGCUAUGGCCCUACCCAAUGGAGAUGAUAUGCAACAUGACAGGAUUUUAAAUUGCUUCAGUUCAAACAAAAUGUUUGAUAGUGAUAACCGUGCCCUUAAACAAGAUACUUAUCUCGUGGAUGAACAUAUUGAGGAAGAAGCUGAUGGAACUUCAAACUACCCUAAGAACUAUCAUCUUGUUCGUGAGACUGCAGCAAUGGCAGCACUUCUUCUCCAAGGACAAGCCAUUGCCUCAAUGCAAUUAAUUGCGCGCAUUCCUCUUGAUUUGCUAUUUUGGCCACUAAUGCAAUUGGCUGGAGCAGCAACAGAUGAUAUUGCAUUGGGUGUUGCUGUUGGAAGUAAGGGAAGAGGAAACCUGCCUGGUGCUGCAUCUGAUAUCCGGGCCACUCUUCUCCUACUUCUUAUUGGUAAAUGCACAGCAGAUCCUGUUGCUUUCGAGGAUGUUGGUGAAGAACGUUUUUUUAUGGAACUUUUGAAUGACAGAGAUUCAAGGGUGGCAUAUUAUUCUUCUGCAUUUCUUCUGAAGCGAAUGAUGACUGAGAGUCCAGAAAAAUAUCAACACAUGCUUCAGAAUCUUCUUUUUAAAGCUCAGCAGACCAACAAUGAAAAACUGUUAGAGAAUCCUUACCUUCAAAUGUGUGGCAUACUUCAAUUGGCAAAUGAUCUUGGAUUUGACUUGUGAUGUUAAACUCUUGGCUUUUCGGGGUGCGAUAUUGGUUUGGAGUAGAUUCAUGUUGGUCUAAGGUGUCAUUGCAACUGAUUCUGAGGAUCAUUCAUCAUCUAUCCUUCAAAUGACUAAGAUUGCCACAUUAGCUGGGACAUAUUCUUUGAAAGCUUCCUUACAGGAACAAAGUUGUGAUUUAUUUCCAACAUGGUGGCCAGAGGGUCCAGGUGGACUCCAUGAGCUCUUCCGUGAUGAUAGUCUUUGUGGGCCAUGUUGCUAUCUGCAAUCAUGUCACCAUCUUCAGCAUGUCUUUCAACGACUGAAAGACAUUUUACUUGGGAAAAUUUAUUAAAAUGUGUUCAUUUGCUAAAGGUGUUUGGCUACAAGGUGAGUGAAAACAAGUGUUCUGUUCAGGAAUAAUUUGAAUAUCCUUGGUUUUGGUUCAGCUGCUGUUCUAUGCCUCAAAAUGUCCUCAGUAGCUGGCUGGUCAUUACAUUCAAAAUCUCUGCGUAAUCUGUACUGAAUCAGAUCAGAUAUCCACCGAGCCCUUGUUCAGGUUUGUCAUUAAUGAAGGGUCCGUAUGCUUGCUUUUUUACGUGGCGUUCGGAGCCUGUUAUUAUUAUUAUUAUUAGUUUUUUUUUUGGGUGUGAUUCAGUGUGUACAUUGUAAGUAUAAUCACUUCACAAUAAGGGCAUCACGCGAUGCCUACUUUUAGAGGCAUCCAAGUUAUUCUCCUUCGAUUCUGUAAUUAUGUGCUCUUUAACUUUUUUCUUUAUGAUUUAUUUUAUUGCGAAAAAUUGUAGCAUAUAUAUACAGGGUUUUAUGGUGGAAUAGUGGAGGGCAGUUCGUUGUGUAAUUUGAUCAUAUAAUUUCUUUUAACAUAAUU